CGACAAGGGUUCCCAGGGACAUAGCGGAAACAAGCUGAAAAAGAGAAAUAAAAAAAAAAAAAAAGAAGAGAGUUCGAUAAGAAACGGUGUCGUUUAGUCGAGUGCACUUCUUCUCCGUCGCGGUUCAUUGUCAGCCGUUUGAUCUGAUAAAUUUCAAAUUUUGUUUUCAUUUUUUUUUCUUUUUGCGGUUUGAUGAUUGGAUUUUGUUGAGGGAGAUCGGAGAUGUUGUUGUUGCAAAACGGAGUGGGGAUCUCUAGGGCUUCUCCCUACGGCGGUGGAAUCGUCGAUCGAACUGAUGAUACCUACGACGCUGAGGCCGUGGCUGCCGGAAAAGCCGCUGUUUAUGCGGUGAAGCAGGAGCCGGCUUCUUCGCUUGAUAUUGUGCCUCGUAAAGGACAUGAUUCACAUGAAGUUGAUGAAGAUAUGCACUUGGCACUAGCUCAUCAAAUGUAUAAAUCUGGAAACUUCAAACAAGCACUGCAUUAUAGCAAUGCUAUUUAUGACCAGAACCCGCUUCGUACUGAUAAUCUGCUCCUUUUGGGUGCUAUUUAUUAUCAGUUGCAUGAUUAUGAUAUGUGCAUUACCAAAAAUCAAGAAGCCCUUGGAAUUGAUCCUCGUUUUGCCGAGUGUUAUGGAAACAUGGCAAAUGCUUGGAAGGAAAAAGGCGAUAUUGAUGCUGCCAUUCGGUACUAUAUGAUUGCAAUUGAGCUUCGACCUAACUUUGCUGAUGCAUGGUCAAAUUUAGCUAGUGCUUACAUGCGAAAAGGGAGAUUUAAUGAGGCUGCACAGUGUUGCCGUCAGGCGCUGCAAUUAAAUCCUCUUUUGGUUGAUGCUCAUAGUAACCUUGGAAAUCUGAUGAAGGCGCAAGGGCUGGUGCAACAAGCAUACAGUUGCUACCUCGAGGCUCUACGGAUACAGCCAACUUUUGCCAUUGCAUGGUCAAAUCUUGCGGGUCUUUUCAUGGAUUCAGGUGACUUAAAUCGAGCACUUCAGUAUUACAAGGAAGCUGUUAAACUCAAACCCACAUUUCCUGAUGCCUAUUUAAAUCUUGGGAAUAUUUAUAAGGCUUUGGGAAUGCCUCAAGAGGCUAUUGUUUGUUAUCAGCGUGCUGUUCAGACUCGGCCAAACAAUCCAAUAGCUUUGGGUAAUCUGGCUAGUACGUACUAUGAGCGAGGUCAAUUAGAUCUCGCUAUUCUCCACUAUAAGCAAGCUAUUGCCAGUGAUCAAAGAUUUUUGGAGGCUUACAAUAAUUUGGGAAAUGCAUUGAAAGAUGUGGGUUGUGUUGAUGAGGCAAUUCAAUGCUAUAAUGGAAAUUACGUGGAAGCUAUAUCUUGUUACAAUGAGGUUUUACGGAUUGAUCCCUUGGCAGCUGAUGGGCUUGUAAAUAGGGGUAACACUUACAAGGAGAUUGGUAGAGUGAGUGAAGCAAUUCAAGAUUAUAUUCAUGCUAUUAAUAUCCGGCCAAAUAUGGCUGAAGCCCAUGCAAAUCUGGCUUCUGCCUAUAAAGAUAGUGGACAUGUAGAGGCCGCUGUCAAAAGCUAUAGGCAGGCAUUGCUUCUACGACCAGAUUUUCCUGAAGCUACCUGUAACCUCCUCCAUACGUUACAGUGUGUGUGCAGCUGGGAGGACCGAGAUAACAUGUUUACUGACGUUGAAGACAUUAUUCGAAGGCAGAUUAAUAUGUCAGUUCUUCCUAGUGUGCAACCUUUCCAUGCCAUAGCAUAUCCCAUUGAUCCAAUGCUUGCACUCGAUAUAAGCCGUAAAUAUGCUGCUCAUUGCUCCUUGAUUGCAUCUCGUUUUGCUCUUCCUCCUUUCAACCAUCCCGCUAAAAUUCCUAUUAUAUGCAAUGGGGGAAAUGAGAGGCUAAAGGUUGGCUAUGUAAGCAGUGACUUUGGCAAUCACCCCUUGUCACAUCUAAUGGGAUCGGUAUUUGGCAUGCACAGCAAGGAGAAUGUUGAGGUAUUUUGCUAUGCAUUGAGUCAAAAUGAUGGUACUGAGUGGAGACUGCGUAUCCAGUCUGAAGCUGAGCAUUUUAUAGAUGUGUCUGCCUUGUCAUCAGAUGUGAUUGCCAAAAUGAUUAAUGAGGAUGGAAUACAGAUCCUUAUCAACCUGAAUGGUUAUACCAAGGGGGCAAGGAAUGAAAUAUUUGCCAUGCAGCCUGCACCUAUACAGGUUUCAUAUAUGGGAUUUCCUGGGACUACUGGGGCAAAUUACAUUGAUUACUUGGUCACUGAUGAGUUUGUUUCACCUUUGUGUUAUUCGCAUAUUUAUUCUGAGAAGCUUGUCCAUCUCCCUCAUUGCUACUUUGUGAAUGAUUAUAAGCAGAAAAAUCGGGAUGUGUUGGAUCCAACUUGUCAGUACAAGCGAUCUGAUUAUGGUCUUCCAGAAGAUAAAUUUAUUUUUGCAUGCUUCAACCAAUUGUAUAAAAUGGAUCCUGAAAUCUUUAAUACAUGGUGUAAUAUUCUUAAGCGUGUACCAAAUAGCGCACUUUGGCUUCUCAGAUUCCCAGCUGCUGGAGAAAUGAGACUGCGAGCAUAUGCUGUUGCACAAGGAGUACAGCCAGAGCAAAUUAUUUUCACAGAUGUUGCAAUGAAACAUGAGCAUAUCAGGCGUAGUGCUUUAGCUGAUCUAUUUCUUGACACACCUUUAUGCAAUGCACAUACUACUGGCACGGAUAUAUUAUGGGCUGGUUUACCUAUGGUGACUCUGCCCCUUGAGAAAAUGGCUACAAGGGUUGCUGGAUCACUUUGUCUAGCUACUGGUUUGGGGGAGGAGAUGAUUGUGAAAAGUAUGAAGGAAUAUGAAGAAAGGGCCGUCUCUUUGGCAUUAAAUAGGCCGAAGCUCCAGGCUCUUACCAAUAAACUCAAGGCGGCUCGUUUAACUUGCCCUCUUUUUGACACAGCACGCUGGGUGCGGAAUCUGGAGAGGUCAUACUUCAAAAUGUGGAAUCUUUAUUGCUCAGGGCAGCAGCCCCAGCAUUUCAAAGUCGCUGAGAAUGACUUAGAGUUCCCGUAUGAUAGAUAGGGACAAACGGGGAUUGUAGAUAAAGAAGCAAAGAGGAUAUAGAAGAAAAAUUUUCCUACUUCGGAAAAUGAUCGUUUAGAAUUUAUUAUUUAAAAUGCAGUUGAGAUGUGUUUCUGAUAUUUUUAUGCAGAUGCAUCAAAAUCUCUGUAUUGCCCUAAAUAUAAACGUGGCAAUGACUCGAAUUGCGGAAGAAGAAAUGAAAUUACUAGUACGAGUGUUAU